CCGCGCACAUUUAGAUGCACAACGUUGUGCAGUACAUUGUACGACACAGUUCCUGAUUUGUCUCCUUACACACUUUUAUAACCCCUUUGAUCGAACACAUAAUCAGAGAGGCUUCGUCUCAUUGGCUGCCUGUCCUCCCUCCUCUCUCCCUCCUCUCUCCUUCCUCUCUCCUUCCUCUCUCCUCCCAAUCGUAAUGAGUCUUUUUAAAGAUAAUCAUUCAACCAUUUCCAUCAGACCAACCCCCAUCACAAACACCUCCACCACCGCUGCUGCUGCUCCUCCUCCCUCCUCCCACACUAUCUGCCUCUCUCUGGGGACGGAGGUGUGGCAGGGAUCAUGUAAAUAAAUCCCCCUCUUCUUCCUCCUCCUCCUCCUUUUACUAUCUCUUUAUGCUUUCUUUCUUUUCUCCCCCUCAUCCUCGCCUUUACGCUCCAGCUUCUCCAUCCAUGAGCUGGCUCAGUGGUCUCUCUCUCUCUCUCUCUCUCUCUCUCUCGCUCUCUCUCUCUCUCUCUCUCUCUCUCUCUCUCUCUCUUUCUCUCUUUGCAUGGACAUCUUUGGGUGAGGGGUGGAGGUCAGAGUCCCUCGCGGGCAGCAUCCAUCUCCUCGCAGCCUUCAACCUUAAGACUCGUGUGACAGCAGCUUAACCGGAGGCUAGACUUCGUCACGCUCGCGCUGCCGCCACAGAUUCCCCCUACGACCCUCCCCCUCCUCACCCCUAACGCUACCUUCCCCAACGCUUCACAUCUCCUCCCCCUCUCUUUGCAACACGACUCCUCUCCACUCGCUCUGUAGCUUGUGAGACUGGAGGCAGCCUCGGUGCGUAGAGAGAGAGAGAGAGCGAGGAGAGAGAGAGACGAGAGAGAGAGAGGAGAGUGAGGCUUUCCCAGAAUAGAGCAUCAGGAGGAGGUGAGAGGGAUGAUGAUGGAAGCCAGCUUUGACACUGAGGAGAGUUUUGACGAUCCGUCCUGUCUCACCCCGCAGCACCCCGGCUCCGUAUCGCCGGCCAAGAGGCAGAUCAAGGAGGUCAAGGAGACCAAGAUCACAAUCAACUGUGUGACCUUCCCUCUGCCUGGAGAAGGUCCGGAGCAGCAGCUCCUGAAGCCCAACGAAUGGAGCUACUGCGACUACUUCUGGACCGACAAGAAGGACCCCCAGGGGACCACCUCGGUGGCGGGGUUCGAGGUCCCCCUGCAGAAGCAGCUGAAGGGCAAACAGAUGCAGAAAGAGAUGUCGGAGUUCAUCCACGAGAGGAUAAAGAUUGAAGAAGAAUAUGCCAAGAACCUCUCCAAGCUGUCUCUGAGCCCGCUGGCAGCUCAGGAGGAAGGGACUCUCGGAGAAGCCUGGACUCAGCUGAAGAAGAGUCUUCACGAUGAGGCGGAAGUUCACCUCAAGUUCUCCAACAAGCUCCACACUGAGGUAGAAAAACCUUUGCUGACAUUCCGGGCAGACCACUUCAAGAAGGACCUGAAGAAGUACGACCAUCACAUCGCCGACCUCAGGAAGCAGCUGGCCAGCCGCUACGCCAGUGUGGAGAAGUCCCGUAAAGCCCUGGCGGACCGGCAGAAAGAUCUGGAGGUGAAGACCCAGCAGCUGGAGAUCAAGCUGAGCAACAAGACGGAGGAGGACAUCAAGAAGGCCCGGCGGAAAUCCACACAAGCAGGAGACGACCUGAUGCGCUGCGUGGAUCUGUACAACCAGACGCAGUGCAAGUGGUUUGAAGAGAUGGUCACCACCAGCAUGGAGCUGGAGAAACUGGAGGUUGAACGGAUCGAGUGGAUUCAGCAGCAUUUACGUCAGUACACGACUCUGAGACACGAGACGGACAUGUUCAAUCAGAGCAUGGUGGAGCCGGUGGACCAGCUGCUGCAGAACGUGGAUCCAGCCAAAGACAGGGAGCUGUGGGUGAAGGAGAACAACACCGGCGACGUCCGACCCGUGGACAUGGACAUAUAGACCGCCCUGACCUGGGAUCAGCCGUUCUGUCUUCAGUAUUACAACACAUACACAGAGUCACAGCUGAUAACACUGAUCCAGGGACGGUGCAUGUCCAGACCACCGAGGUCUGCUCAUCCUCUCUCCGGCUGGAACAACAGCAGGAAAGAUUCACACAUAACACAGUCAGGAAACGUGAUGACGGGUCAAAGUACCAGCAUGUUCCUCCUAAAUUUAAACCCUCUCAUAAUCAACAUUAGCUUAUUGAAUGCCAUUUAACAUAUUCUGCUGUUUACCUGUUGUAAAGUUGACACUAUUAGAAAAAUUACAUGUAUUUUGAAUCGUUUAGUUCAGCUUCAAUCUACACUUGUCACAGUUUGAGUGAGCCAAACAAAAAAAACACAAAAAAGUCUAAUUAUUGAUAUUACCUUUAUUUUAGAUACGGAUAUUGAGAUCUUAGACUGAAUUUGAUAUAUUUUCAUAUUUUGCCGGAUCAUUUUUGGUGGAAAUGCAUGUUUUGAAUAUCUUGCUUUUUCUGUAUAUGGAGAGCUGCACAAUUUGUG